CCGCCCGCACACACGCACGCCGUUCUGGAGUGGCUCAACUGACGCUUCGCGAAAAGACGAAAUGUGUCUAAAGGGAAAGUAAAGAGGAGGAGACACUGAUAUGGGCUCAGUGUGAGGGGAAGGAGCUCGUGAAGAAAGUUCUCCUGUAUCUGCUGCAAAACAUCGGAGGAAGCAGAAGGAUGGGGUACAAGCUCGAAGGGCUGUUGAGCCAUGUGUUACCCUCCAGCAUCGCUUCAUGGGGAGUCCUGCAGCUUUGUGUCCUCGCGGUCCUCCUGGUCCUCUUGCUCCGCGUCGGCCGCCUGCUCCUGAAAUACUCCAGCAACAUCCGCCGCCUCCGGUGCUUUGCCCAGCCACCCAAGCGCAACUGGCUCCUGGGCCACCUGGGAAUUAUGCGGAACACGGAGGAGGGGCUGCAGUCGGUCGAUGAGCUGGUGAAGACCUACAAGCACUCGUGCGCUUGGUUCCUCGGUCCCUUCUACACCUUGAUCCGCCUCUUCCACCCUGACUACAUCAAGCCCCUCCUGCUUGCCUCCGCCUCCGUCACCUACAAGGAUGAGCUCUUCUAUGGGUUUCUGCGCCCUUGGCUGGGGCAAGGCCUCCUCUUGAGCAACGGGGAGCACUGGUCCCGCCACCGGCGUCUCCUCACACCUGCUUUCCACUUUGACAUCCUGAAAAACUAUGUCACCAUCUUCAACAAAUCCACAGACAUCAUGCAUGAGAAAUGGUGUCGUCUGGUGGAGGAGGGUCAAAACUGCCUGGACAUGUUUGAGCAGAUCAGCCUGAUGACCCUGCACAGCCUCUUGAAGUGCACCUUCAGCUACGACAGCAACUGCCAGGAGCACCCCAGUGAGUACAUCGCCGCCAUCUACGAGCUGAGCACCUUGGUGGUACAGCGAGAGCACCGCAUGCUGUACCACUGGGACUGGCUGUACUGGCGCACAGACGAGGGCCGCCGCUUCCGACGCGCCUGCGCCAUGGUGCACCGGUUCACGGCCAACAUCGUCCAGAAGCGGCGCGCCGCCCUCAACCAGCAGCAGGAGCCGGAGCAGCAGUCCAGGAGUAGCAAGGCGAAGAAAGUGACGGACUUUAUCGACGUGUUGCUCUUGUCGAGGGAUGAAGACGGAAAUGGCCUCACGGAUGAGGAGAUCAAGGCCGAGGCAGACACCUUCAUGUUCGAAGGACACGACACCACUGCGAGCGGCAUCUCUUGGAUACUGUACAACCUGGCUCUUCACCCCGAUCACCAGGACCGCUGCCGCGCCGAGGUGGACGCCCUGCUCCAGGGCCGGGACAGCGAAGAAAUCGAAUGGAAUGACCUCUCAAACCUGCCCUACACAACCAUGUGCAUCAAGGAGAGCCUCAGACUGCAUCCUCCAGUGACCGCUGUCACACGUCGCUUCGCCCAGGACAUGACGGUGCCCGGGGGGCGGGUCAUACCGCAAGGAAAUAUAUGCCUGGUCAGCAUCUAUGGAACCCAUCACAACCCGGAUAUCUGGCCCAACCCGGAGGUUUACGACCCUAUGCGUUUUGACCCGGAGAAUUCUAAAGGGCGGUCCAGUCAUGCAUUCGUCCCCUUCUCCGCAGGACCCAGGAACUGCAUCGGGCAGAACUUCGCCAUGGCCGAGAUGAAAGUGGUGGUGGCGCUCACUCUGCUUCGCUUCCGAGUGACCCCCCGGGACAGCGAAGUGCGCCGACUGCCCGAACUCAUCCUCCGUGCCGAAAGGGGGUUGUGGCUCCGACUGGAGCCCCGGAUCCCUCCCAAGGACUGAGCCACCAAAUCGCAGCCAAAAAAGCCCCCAUUGGGUUUUUUCAACAUUUCAACUUCACUAUUAUUAUUAUCUUUUAU